UACUAGUACUGUUUUUCUAACAGCGGAUGGAAACACUAAGUUACUCGCUGUUCCUAUGAUGAAAUAUGCCCGAGACAUAAGGCUUUAUUACUAUCAUCAUUAUUUCUUAAAUCUCUCUCGGAUGUAGGAUUUCACGGACUUUUUCCUUUUCUGAAAACUCCAACUCAAGAUCGGGAGCAGGUAAACGGGAAAUAUGGCAGUUAGGAGCGACCUUUGAAGUCUCUUCCCUUGUCGUCGCUGGAUUGAUCGUGUAAUUGAGAGGGUGUUGUUUAAAAAGCCUCAUGUUUUCACCGAGUCAAGAGGAGCACUGUGUGCCCACCAAAGAGCCAGUAAAGUACGGCGAACUGGUGGUUUUGGGGUACAAUGGUUCACUCCCCAAUGGAGACAGAGGGCGAAGGAAAAGCCGUUUUGCCCUUUACAAGAGAGCCAAAGCCAACGGUGUCAAACCCAGCACUGUACACAUCCUUAACACGCCACAAGCCAGCAAGGCGGUCAACUGUAAGGGCCAGCACAGCAUCUCCUACACGCUGUCCAGAAACCAGACGGUGGUGGUGGAGUACAGCCACGACAAAGACACAGACAUGUUCCAGAUUGGACGAUCAACGGAGGGCCCUAUUGACUUUGUGGUGACUGACACGGUGUCAGGCGGAGGGGACGGUGAGGACACACCCAUCACUCAAAGCACCAUCUCCCGCUUCGCCUGCCGGGUGGUGUGUGAACGUAACCCGCCCUACACCGCGCGCAUCUACGCUGCAGGCUUCGAUACAUCCAAGAAUAUAUUUCUGGGAGAGAAAGCAGCCAAAUGGAAGAAUCCAGAUGGUCACAUGGACGGCCUGACAACCAAUGGUGUGCUAGUCAUGCACCCGCGGGACGGGUUCACAGAGGAGUCCAAGCCUGGCGUGUGGAGGGAGAUAUCAGUGUGUGGAGAUGUUUACACACUGAGAGAAACACGGUCCGCUCAAACUCGGGGAAAACUGGUGGAGAGUGAGAGUAACGUGCUCCAGGACGGCUCUCUGGUUGAUCUGUGCGGAGCCACGUUACUCUGGCGCACAGCCGACGGUCUUUUCCACACCCCCACUCAGAAGCACCUGGAGGCGUUGCGCCAGGAGCUGAACGCAGCCCGGCCUCAGUGCCCCGUGGGACUCAACACCCUGGCCUUUCCCAGCAUGCAACGCUGCAGCCGUGCCCUGGCCAGUGGCCCCACCCAAGAGGACAAGCAGCCCUGGGUCUAUCUUGCUUGUGGCCACGUUCACGGCUACCACGACUGGGGCCACCGUUCUGAACGCGACCCCAAUGCUCAAAGAGAGUGUCCCAUGUGCAGAACCGUGGGCCCCUACGUGCCACUCUGGCUCGGAUGCGAACCAGCCUUUUACGUCGAUACCGGCGCACCAACGUACGCCUUCGUACCUUGCGGCCACGUGUGCUCUGAAAAGUCAGCCCGCUAUUGGGCGGAGAUUCCUUUACCGCACGGCACCCACGCUUUCCACGCCGCCUGCCCCUUCUGCACUACCCAACUCAAUCUGACCCAAAAGUGGGCGAAGCUCAUCUUUCAGGAGCCUGUAGACUGAGAGUCUGGAGGAGGCGGACAGUGGAUUAUCGCCUAAAUGAAGCAGAAUCCAGUAUGCUGAAGGACAGUUCGUAGAAGCUGUGACCGCAAGCUGUGAAACUCCCCUUGACUUAUUUCAUCUACCGGCCUACAAGAUGUCAAUUCACACCAGCAUUACCACAUCACUCAGGAGAUUGAAUUCAUUUCUACCCCUGGCUUUAUACCCGAGGUGCUCUGUUUGGAUCUUUUUUUGGUAAUCAACCUUCCUGUGGAGUUCUGUUGCUUUAAUAAUCCUUCCGGUGCUUUCCAAAGAACGUUAGAUUUGGAGCUAAACAGUGCAGGAUGGUCGGCGCCCCAGGACCAGGACUGAACAUCCAUUAUUUUAAGUAGUUCAAUGUGUGGGAACUCCCAAAGGACAGGAUCCCAUAUCCCAAACUCCACUGUAGGCUUCUAUGGGGAUCCACUUGUUGGAGCAGUGAUCUGGGAAAUGCAAUACUAAAUUGGUUGUUCCCAAAGAUGAACAAAAAAAAAAUUGUGAUUUGUGUUUAUACAUUACAUGAAGUGCUACCAAAACUCCUAAAGGAAAACUAAUCGGACACAGUGGAAGCUUCAUUUUGGAUGGUGCAUUAUUGAUUUCGAGUGAUCUGUCAGUUUAUCCUAGUCCUCCGUUCACCCACUUCAAUGAUCUCGAGUAUUUGGAAACGAACACAUUCUGCUUUCUUUCGGGUCUCAAAGGUUAAGGAUUUUAAGGUAUUUUUAUUCAUGUACCAGGGUAACCGGUAACAAGAUUAACAAAGGAUGUUGCCAAAUAUUUCUGGAACUGACUAUAGAGUUAGUAAUUUAAAUAGUUCCUGGUGUUAUUUUUUUUCCACUUCUUGAAAACUGUGUCCCAGAUAUUUUGGUACUGCUCAUUGCUUGCCACUUGUUCAUUUUUCCACAUGUUGAUAUUGGUAUACAAUCAAAGUGGAUGUGAAAAUAGCUGACUUCUGCAGUCGGCGUCUAGACUUCUCCUAAAUGUGGAAAAUUCAAUUGAAACGAUGACGGUGAAGGUUUAUGGUGUAAAGAAGCAGUGAUCGCUUGAUAACCAUUUCUCAUUACUCAAAAUUCUUCCUAUUUCAACUGUUUUAGAAGUUUGUUAUGAGAUUUUAUUCCACUAUUUUCCUAACCUUAAUACAGAGAUAGUUUCUUAUGCCUAAAAAUAAUUUUUACGGGGAUGUGAAGAAGAUAUUUUUGGCGUACUGAAGGGGUAUUUUUUUUUAAACGCUUGCAUUUACAGAGGCUUUUUACUCACUGAAAAGUAUUUUACUACACAAUAGCCCAUGUACAGUUUGUUUAAAAACAGAUACUAAUAUAUUUAUUCAAAUAUGUGCUUUACUGUGUGGUAGGUGUCUGUAUGAAUGUAUCGGCCUGAACAGCAACAUCUGCUCAUCGCUCCUUUAUAAGUGCACGCUGCAUCUGGAUGCUCAACCUGUGAACAGUCAAGAGUCAGAUUUCUUUUAUUGAUGCUCAAGCCUUUGAUCCUUUAUCUGGUUAUGCUCGUGUUUGCAGAAUAACCCAAUGUUCCUCCCGCACUCCAUGUUAAAUUCAGACCUAAUAUGAAAUGUUAAAGGAACACUGUAAAAUGAAACUGUAUUUGUUAAUGAAAUGUUUUGUUCUCUCCUUUUUUUUAGAUAUACAAACAGUACCUGUGGUGUAAACACCUUAUGUGUUUAUACAUGCAUUUAGAGGAUGUUCCCUAGUGUUUUCUUGAAACCUAACAUAUCAUGGUAAAAUGUUCACACCAAAAGCCAAAUGAACUCUGGAUGGGGAGGAUAUUUACUUAAGCGAAGCUACUGUUCAUUAACAAUAAUGCCGAUGCAUGGCUCUUCCAUGUGGAGUUAACUCAAAUAAGGCCAAUCUUUUUUUUUCUUAAAGCACCAAAAAUUAUUUUGUGAAAAAGCUACUUUUGUAUUUUAUGUUGAAUUCCAGGGAGCACAAUUCAUGUUUAAACUAUUGUAUAUUUCAGUUGUGCAACAUUAGGUACAAUAAACAUGACACUACAGAGCGUUAGUGUUUUAAUCGCAGCUUUGCAAGAAUACAGUGUCCCAAAAAUAAGCUUUUCACUACAAGUAGAUAGUUUAACCCUUAUGAAAGAUCAACCUCUACACGAAAGAAACAACACUGAUGUAAUGCUUUUAUACAUGCACUCAAUCUAUUUGACAUUUAUGUAUUGGAUCAUGCAUAAUACAUCUGUUGCUUUUAUUACUUCUGAGUCAUUUACAUUUUCUCU